AUGCGUGGUGAGAUAGACACACACACGUGCACGAGCGCCUGUCCGUCUAUCACUCGCAAAGCCGCCGAUACUAAUACAUGUACGCGUAAUGCGGACAUACGCGCACGACUAACGGAGCGCGGUGACGUAGGUUCCGCUCCCCCACCGGUAUAUUCGCGAAUAAGCACGCCACUCUCCCCCCACGCUUCCGCCAGCAUCUCCGACCCCCCUCUGUCUGGCCCUCUUCGUUGCUCAGCUGACGCGCGCGUGCAUGCGCACAGCCACAUUACAGUCUCUCUUUCAGCUAGUGCGUUCUUAUUGGCGUCAAGAUCGCCUCGUUGCGCCUGCUGGAAGCAGGCGGUGGCUUCCAGUAGCCAAUCGCUGCGUGCCCGCGUAUCAGCCGUGCGGUCGUGCCUCCACACAAAGUUAAAAUAG